GGCGUGUACCAGCAGUGCUAGCUAAUAUUACAAUGAAAAAAUACAGUCUAUGGAUAAAACACAUUAGUGACUACAGUAAGCUUCAUGUUCUCUUCAGACUGUUUCUGAUAUAGCUUAGACUUAUGCGUUAGGAGUCUUUACAUUAAAGCCUAGCAUGUUAGAUUCAUGGUUAAUCUUUCAGUAACUAACAGCUCAGACACAGACAGCGGUGAUUCAGCGUGCUGCUAGCUAGACAGAAAACCCUUCAAAGGCUCAACACCGAUAACAGUCAUUGAUGUUAACGUCCAUCGUCUGAUGUAUAUCGUUGUCGGGUCUCGCCAUUGUUUUAUUUACUGCUGGGCUUCGAUCUACCGAGAUGUAUGGGAUGUCGGGAUGACAGGAAGAUGGCAAACGGGGUUGGAAAACACAAGCUGCUAGUCAUUGAACCAUCCGAGCCAUGGUCAGUGAGGGAGAAGCUGUGUUUGGCCACAUCUGUCAUGAAGAGUGGAGACCAGAACUGGGUGUCUGUCAGUCGAGCCAUCAAACCAUUUGCAGAACCCGGGCGCCCACCUGACUGGUUCUCUCAAAAGCACUGUGCCUCAAAGUACUCUGAGCUCCUGGAAUCAACAGAGGCCCCAAAGCGUAAGCGUGGUGAGAGAGGUGAAGUGGUGGAGACAGUGGAGGACGUGAUAGUACGCAGACUGACAGCUGACAGGAUUGAUGCACUUAAAAAGUUGAUAAAGGAAACACAGGAGAAGCACAGGAAGCUGAAGAGAGAGGCUGAACUGGUUAAAACAGGACACCUAGAUUCCAAACUACAAGAGUUAUGGGAAGAAAUUCUGCAGAAGCAGAAACUGGAGGAAGAGGAAGCAGAUUUGAAAAGAAAAAACACAAAUGCUGCUUAUCAAGACAGACAGGUGGCAAAGAACACACCAAAGCGAUUACCCGCCGUCACCAUGCACCCGCCCUCAGGUUGCAGCUCCCCGAGCCAGGAGUUCUCCCCAGGUGACGCGUUUGAGUGCUCCACCCUAGAUCCUGGAUCAACAAAAAAUGCUUCAGGAUCUUCCAGAUUAAUGACAAUUGCUGAGACUUGUGGACCCGAUAAUGAGGACAUCAGCCAUGGGUCAUUUCUGGACGACCCCACCCAAAAGAAGGCCCUGGUCCAGAAAACUACACCCCCACCAUCUCCACUCCUGUCCGAGUUACUGAAGAAAGGCAGUAUCUUGGCCACAAAUUCCAGACUGAUUGGGGAUGGUGAUGCUGGAAAUCUGACGGGAACACACGACUUGCAGCAGGCUCCGGCUAGUCAACCUAUCUCUCAAGCUACAGAAAUGAAUGAGAGCAAAAAAUAUGACAACAGCGACCUCUUGUGA